UGCCCCUCACACUGUCACCCCCACUCCUUUUAAAUAGCACCUUCCCUCCCCCGAAAAUUCCUCACAAAAUUUAACACCCCAUUAACUGAAAAGCUCUUAAUCGGCGUGAAAUUAUUGAUAAUCCCGGAGCGCCCACAGCAAAAAUCCCCCUUCGUCGCGCGGCUAACGGAGAGACUGCGGCUGGUGUUUGUGUGGUUCAGUUCGGCGUCGUUUUGAGCUCGGAUUGCGACAUUGCGUUGGAUCUUCUCCGGUCACGUUUCUGGCUGACCGAAAUAAUUUUAAAGUUGAAGGAAGUUGCUGCAUAAGAGUCUUUCGUUUGAUUGUUGUAGCUGGAGGAACUAAACCUUGUUAAGCAUGAAGGAGGUUGACAAAAGGAAAACCCCAAAUACUAAAAACACCAAGCGGACUGGAAGAAGUGAAAGGAGAGACAAUAAACCGAAUCAAGGGAACAACGGCAAGACAUUGAAUGGAAAAGAAACUGAAUCCAAAGACUCUUAUGCUAAAACAGACCCCAGUACGUUAGUAAGUGAUUCAAACACGGGCCCAGAGCUCUCUGAAGUUAAUGAAAACUUGGUUAUACAUUAUGUAGAUGAUGUCAACAGGUUUGAGGAGGUGCCUCAAGAUCUGAAAGCUACUCCAAUGACUUCCAAAGAGAACAUUGAUGACGAGGUGUCAGAUUGCGAGACAAUAAAGGACUCCGUAUCAUCUCAAGGGGAUUCACCCACCCUUGAGGAUGAGAAAGUUGAAAGAGCUUCAAGGGUACCCAAAACCAUUGCAAAGAAGAAUUCCUCAAAAAGCUCUCAUGGAUCCAGGGAGAGAUCUGGUAGUGAAUCUACUAAGUCAAAAUCCAAGGGGUUGCAUGACACUGCCAAAAAAGUCACUAAUUCAAACAACGGGCCUUUGGGAGUUAAAACCAGAACUUCUUCUGAUAGUGAAGUUCCUGUUGAACCUUCCUCAGAAUCAUUUGAGGAGGUUGAUGAUGAGCCUAUUAAAGAGGUAAGAGUAAGUGAUAUCCUUGAUGGGGCCUCAAAUGGUGCUCAGACUGUAGAAAGUGACCAUGAAAUAGUAAAUGCGGAAGAAAAUGGUGAACAAGAGGUUGAAAUAGCUUUGGAACGAAAGAUUGAAGAAAUGGAAAUGCGAAUUGAGAAACUUGAAGAAGAGCUGCGAGAAGUUGCUGCUCUUGAAAUUUCCCUCUACUCUGUAGUACCAGAGCAUGGGAGCUCUGCGCAUAAAGUUCACACACCAGCUCGGCGGAUUUCUAGACUUUAUAUCCAUGCUUGCAAGCAUUGGACUCGGGACAAGCGAGCGACAAUUGCUAAGAAUACUGUAUCAGGACUUAUAUUGAUAGCUAAGUCCUGUGGCAAUGAUGUCCCCAGGUUGACCUUCUGGUUGUCAAACAUUGUCGUGCUAAGGGAGAUCAUAUCACAAGCAUUUGGCAUUUCAUGCCAGUCAAGUCCUUCAGUAAAGUUUGCGGAGUCAAAUGGGACUAGCAAGAGAAAUGAAGUGAAGUCUGCCUCACUGAAAUGGAGGGGUAGUUCCGGUAGCAAACAAAUGAACAGUUUAAUGCAAUUCGAUGAUGACUGGCAAGAGACAGGAACCUUCACAGCUGCAUUAGAAAAAGUUGAAUCCUGGAUUUUCUCUCGGAUUGUUGAGUCAGUAUGGUGGCAGGCUUUGACUCCAAAUAUGCAAUCUCCUGCUGAGAGUUCAGCUACAAAUAAGACGACUGUAAGGUUGUCAGGACCUGCACUGGGUGAUCAGAAGCAAGGUAGCUUUUCUGUCAACCUAUGGAAAAAUGCUUUCCAGGAUGCUUCUCAGCGACUCUGUCCUGUUCGAGCAGGGCAUAAGUGUGGCUGCUUGCCUGUUUUGGCAAGAAUGGUAAUGGAACAUUGUGUUGCAAGGCUAGAUGUGGCAAUGUUCAAUGCUAUUCUGCGUGAAUCUGCCCAUGAAAUCCCUACUGAUCCAGUGUCAGAUCCCAUUCUUGAUUCCAGGGUUCUACCUAUUCCUGCUGGCGACUUGAGUUUUGGGUCUGGUGCUCAACUUAAGAAUUCUGUUGGAAAUUGGUCUAGAUGGCUAAGUGAUACGUUUGACAUGGAUGCUGAUGAUUCCCUGCAAGAAGAUCACCCUGGCAGUGAGGAUGAUGACGGGCAGAGUGGGGAUGGUGAUAAAUCCUUUCUUCUUCUGAAUGCCUUGAGUGAUCUUUUGAUGCUUCCCAAAGACAUGCUUAUUGAUAGGAGAAUCAGAAAGGAGGUCUGCCCAUCAAUUAGUCUUCCAUUAGUUAAGCGGAUACUUUGUAACUUCACACCAGACGAGUUCUGUCCAGAUGCUGUCCCAGGAGCUGUAUUGGAGGCACUGAAUGCCGAGAGCAUUAUGGAGCGCAGAUUGUCAGGAGAACUGGUGAGGAGCUUCCCUUACACAGCGGCACCAGUUGUGUACACCCCACCUUCCUCAGCUGAUGUGGCAGAAAAAGUUUCAGAAGCAGGAGGAAGUUCGCAACUGGAAAGGAAUGUCUCAGUUGUACAACGAAAGGGAUAUACAAGUGAUGAGGAGCUGGAGGAGUUGGAUUCACCGCUUUCAUCCAUCGUUGACAAAUUACCAUCAACUCCAACUAUCGUAGCAAAUGGAAUGGAAACGGAAAGCAUGAGCAUAAAGGUCAUGCGCACGAAUGCGAGGUAUGAACUCCUUCGUGAGGUGUGGUCUGCGUAAUUUUCAAAGAGCGGACUCGACAUGUGUAUAUCCGUUGGUUUUCUGGAUCAUGAAAGUAUGGAGAAAACUUAAACAGAGCUGUGAAUAAUGAAAUGGAAAUAUCAAGAGGAUUUAGGCAAAAAUGUGGCCUGAGCCAUUAGCGUUUACGUAUGUUGUAUUAAGCUGCCAUCUGAUUUAAAUUACUCAUACGCAAUAAACUCGAUCUGGAAGAAUCUAUAUUCCAAAUGCAUCAGAGAGGCUUGAGACUUGAAAAGAGAAAACUAGAAAUUGUAAACGAAAUAGUUAUCAAACCGGACCUUCAUUUCUUCCUUCAA